UCCCCAAAUUUCCCGAUAUAUGACAGACACUGACGGGGAGGGGGCGGAGUGAGGGGGGGGGGGGCGGGUCCUCCUCCCCUCCAGCAGGCGGCGCCCUCCCCGCGGACACCCACACACAAGAUGGCGGCGGCGGCGAGCGGCGGCGGCGGCGGCGAAGCCCGGUGACAGCGUUCGGCUCUGCCCGCCGCCAUGUUGGUAAGGGCGGGAGCGGCGGCGGCGAAAAGAACGAGCCUGCCCGGGCUGCGGCGGCUGUGGCGGGGCGGGGGGGCGGCGGCCGCCUGCUGCUGCUGCUGCUUCCCGCUGGGCCGGGCGCUGCUGGCCGUGCAGGGGGCCGACACCGCCCUCUUCCUUCAGGGGCUGCUCACUCACGACGUGACGCGGCUGGAGGGCCGGCCGCGGGCGCUCUACGCGCAUGCGCUCAACGCCCAGGGCCGCUGCCUCUAUGACCUGAUCCUCUACAGGCUUCACAAGAGUCCAGAAGAAGAGCCGCACAUCCUGCUGGAGUGUGACAGCAGCGUGCUGGACGCCAUACAAAAACAUCUGAAAUUGUACAAGAUCCGGAGGAAAGUAAACAUCACCCCUUGCCUUGACCUCUCUUUGUGGGCUGUCAUCCCUGGGGAGCAGGCUGGAGACAUUGACAGUUCCCUCGCUAAAUGUGCAGACCAGGCUCUGAUUUUAACUCCUGACCCCAGAACAGAAGUCAUGGGCUGGAGACUGAUUACAAAAAAGGAAGCAAAUCUAUUGGAGAUUAUCCCUGGGAGUCAUAUUGGAAACAUUCAGGAUUACCACAGGCACAGGUAUAAACAAGGAAUUCCUGAAGGUGUAAAAGAUCUCCCUCCUGGAGUAGCCCUCCCGCUGGAAUCCAACCUGGCCUACAUGAACGGCAUCAGCUUCACCAAAGGCUGUUACAUCGGCCAGGAGUUGACAGCCAGGACCCACCACAUGGGUGUCAUUCGCAAACGUCUGCUGCCAAUCCACUUUUCAGCUCCUCUUCCCAAGGACAGCGUUCCCGAGGGUGCCGAGAUUUUAACUGAAUCAGGAAAAUCAGCCGGCAAGUUCCGAGCUGGAGGAGGUGAAUUUGGUAUAGCUUUGCUGAGAUUAGCUAAUAUAAAUGAACCACUCUGCCUAAAUAUAGCAGGUGAUAAAGUGAAGCUCACUGCGAGUAUACCCAAGUGGUGGCCAAAACCUGCUAGUAAAUAAAUGAAGAACCACCACUUGCACAUUUGCCUUAUUGAGAAUAUAUUUUGUGUGAUACAUUUAGGAAGGCGACUGUGCCUUUCAGCUGUUGUUUGUGGUGGUUGAUGGGGUGAGGGUGUUCCAGGAUUCUUCAAAUCGGGACUAAACAGCAGGAACCCAAACCAGCGGCGGGUUUGACAGGAGGAUAAUCUGUUAAGCAUUGUGGAGACACCUGUACAGGGUUCAUAGGGAAGUGCACCUUUUUUUUUUUUUUUUUUUUUUUCCUUGAGGGUGCCCUGUAUUUAUUUAGGGGGUGCCACAUGUUGUCGGGUUGGAGUCCUGCUGAAUUUUCAGCCCACCGCUCGCUGAAUCAGACUGUGCUCUGCGUAGGGUGUGGUGUGUGUUCAGACUGAAGCGAGUGAUGGGAGCAGGAGUUUCCCCUCUGUAUGCACUGAAUGUUCAGAAUAACCAUUCUGUGGCAUUAGAAUGUGGGUGUUGUUUUGUUUUGUUUUUUUUUUAAUGGAGGGCAUGCUGCUCUUACCUUGCAUAAGAUAAAUAAUUAGGCUAAAGUGUCCACUGCAAAUUACCCCUUGCAUUGAGCUUCAUCUUAAACUUGCUGAUUGGGGGGGUGUGGUUUUUUCCACCACUCUAACUGCUAAUUGUGUUCAGGAAGAGGAAUACCUUGAGCUCCACAUUUCAGACAUUGAUUUUAAUAACUCAUUCCUGGUGGGAAAGCUUUCAAACAUCCCAGUCCCCUGCUUCCGUGCCGGCAGAGGGAGCACAGCCAGCAGCAGCCAGCUCCUCUUGCUCCUGACCUUGCUCCUGCACGCUUCCUUCACUCAAACAACUGUUUUGGAGAGAAAAGCAGUAUUUUACAGAAAUAAAGGUGCCCUAGUGUGUGCCCUGGGGUGAUUCUUGCACUGGCGUGUUGGUGCUUGGCAGAAUAAUCUCCUACUAGAAGCACGUGCCCUCCAGUUGCCAACAACAGUUGAGGGGUGGAAUUUUUUUUUUUUUUUGGCAGCAACAUCUUUGCUUUGUCAUCUUGUAGGAAAAUCCACCGCGCUUUCCUGAAGCCUUUUGGCAGGCGUUACCUCAAUCCCCCCACAGAGCUGGUGAAGGGAUGGCAUGUCCCCAUCUCCCCCCUUUGCUCCUUCCCUCAGCGGUAAGCUGCAUCCUAGGAGAAAGGGUUAAUGCAACAUGUGCUCUUGGCUGAGCCUGGUGUUCCUCAGGGAGAAUUUUCACCACAGUUGUCCUGAGGGAGGAUUUUCACCACACUCCCUUCUCCAGCUGCUUCACCACCAGGCUUGAUCUGAGAGCUCUCUGCACCCCUUGUUCAAAAACCUGUCCCUGCUCCCAUCUCUAGCUGAGAUUUUCUCCAUCCACCAUCCGCUAUGGGUUUUUAGAGCAGCUCAGCACUUCAGGGAUUCUUUGCUUUUUUUGUGGCUCCUGCUGCUCUUCUGUCUUUGCUUUUUCUUGCUUCUACAGCCCAUGUAUUCCUUUUUGCCCCCCUCAAGCCAACCAGCUCUGUGUCUCCUAACCCUGUCAACCUGCAGCAAUUUACAGUAAUUUACAGUAAAUUACCUAUGUAUUUUCAUAUUACAAUAAAUUGAUUGUGUGCCCGCUGUGUGUGAAAGGGCGUGAUGAGAGAGAUGAGCAGGUGAGAUCCCAUGCAGACCAAAAAAAUAAAGCCUUUGCAUGCGUAUUUGUGACAAAAACCGUCCAAAGCACAUUCUGCCACUGUGUCACUGUUACUGUGAAAGGAAUUUAUCUGUGAAAAAUGCUGAUAUUGGUUAAAAUUCUUUAUGCUUGCUGUAAAAUGAGUUUGUGGAAUAUAGCAUUAAAAGUUUAUUGUAUCAGUAACUUAAAUGAGACUUGUCUGAAAGAGAAGAGACGUUACCUUUUAUUUACCUUGUGUGAAGUUACACAACAGAGUAUUUUUUCAGGUUGCUUGCUGACAAGAAACAUGUCUUGCAAUGUUUGUCACCCUUUUGUCAGGUUUGAGAUUGUUAACAAAGUCUUUCUGCUGGAGAAAUAAAUGAAACUGCAGUGCUUCACCCUUUCUGGAUCUUCUGAAUGCGACAAAGGCGAGACUGUGCUGCCCGUGGCGAUGCCGCUUUGCCAGAAGCAGCUUUUCCUCUUUGCCACCCAUUGUGCAAAGUCUCCUCAGAAUAGUUAUAUUGUACUGGUAUGCGCACAGCCUGAAUAAACACCACGUUUCUUCAGUUA